UGGUGUUAAACUGUUUGUUGCAUCAAAGAAAUUACUUUCCUCGAACUUUCUAUUCUGCCCAAUAGUACACAUGCAUCAAAGAAAAUUCCAAUAUCAACAAUGAAAUAAGUCAAACGUUUAUCAUCUAAUGUCUGAAUCAUAUUCAAAUCUAUACUAGUAUGGUAUCCUUGCAGAGAUGAAGAGAAGUUAUUCAUGGGGAUCAGAUUUGGAUUUUAUGUGCUUCAACUCAUAUUUACUUGUUUCUUAACAUUCUCUUCAGCCCUUGACACCAUAAAUGCUAAAGAAUCUUUUGCCAACUCAGAAGCUUUGAUUUCCAAUGGAAAUAGAUUCAAGCUAAGUUUUUUCAGCCCACCAAAUAGCAGCCGACGUUACCUCGGUAUCAUGUACAAUCUCCCGGUGAUGACUGUUGUGUGGGUAGCUAAUAGAAACAAGCCUCUCAAUGAUUUAUCUGGAACAUUUCAGAUAUCAUCAGAUGGCAAUCUCGUGAUCUUGGAUGGUCGAAAGGAGAUUGUGUGGUCGACUAAUCUCUCAUCUUCUGUGGCUAAUUUCAGUGCUGUGCUCUUGGAUACAGGGAAUCUGGUUCUGCAAGAUAACUCCAACGGUGCAUAUGUUUGGGAGAGCUUUCAACAUGCUUGCGAUUCCUGGUUAGAGAAGAUGAAAAUUGUUCCAGAUUUAGUAAUAGACGAGGAGCAUAUACUGACAUCUUGGAAAAGUCCUGAUGAUCCGGCACCUGGAAGUUUCACCUUAACCAUAGAGCCUUUCGACGUACCUCAGUCGUUUGUUCGGAAGGAUGGUAAUCCUUGCUGGCGUACUGGUCCGUGGAAUGGUCAGAAAUACACUGGGAUUCCGAACAUGAGCUCACAAUAUCGUUAUGGACUUCAGGUUGUCAGUGAUUAUCCUGGAACUCCGUAUCAAACAUUAAUGCUUUCAAAUUCAUCUGUUUUGGUAUACGUUUUCUUGAACUCUUCAGGGAGUGUAGAGCAGAAGGUGUGGUCUGACGAGAAGAAAAGAUGGGACGUAACAUGGUCAUCAACAAGUAACGAGUGUGAUAUUUAUGGUAAGUGUGGACCCUUUGGAAGCUGUGAUGCUCAAGACAGACCGAUAUGUUCCUGUCUUCGGGGCUUCGUGCCUAGAAGCAAAGAUGAGUGGGAGGCGGGAAACUGGACGAGUGGAUGCACUAGGAAAACUCGACUCCAAUGCGAACAUAACAAUUUUGUUGGUAAUCAGGAUGAGUUUCUAAAGGUGGAGAGAUUGAAGUUGCCGGAUCAUUUUAGAUUGUUUCGCUUAUCUGAAGAAGAAUGCAGGGACACGUGCUUGAUUGAUUGUUUAUGUAUAGCUUAUGCAUAUCCUCCUGGAAUCGGAUGUCUGCAAUGGACUCAGAACUUAACCGAUACUCAGAAGUUUGCUUAUGGUGGUGACGACUUGCACAUUCGAUUGGCACAUUCAGAACUAGCAGAUAAGAAGCAAUACCACAUAGCAAUAGUUGUGGCAGCAGUGGCUUUGGGGUUUAUACUUGUUGCCAUAUGUGCAUACUUUUUGCUGGAAUAUUUGUUAAGUUACAGAGGGUAUUCUGAAGAAAGCACACUCAAACAUGAUAAGCAUGGUGUUAAACUUGAGGAGUUACCUACAUUUAGAUUUAUGGCACUCUCAAAUGCAACAGAAAAUUUUAACCCUGCGAAUAAGCUUGGACAGGGUGGCUUUGGUCUAGUUUACAAAGGGAGAUUACCAAAUGGGGUAGAAAUUGCUGUAAAAAGACUAGCAAGAUCCUCUAACCAAGGGGUGGAGGAGUUCAUGAAUGAGGUUGAGGUGAUUUCAAGGCUUCAACACCGCAAUCUUGUUAGACUUCUCGGUUGCUGUGUGGAGUCUGAAGAAAAAAUGCUUGUUUAUGAAUAUAUGCCUAAUGGAAGCUUGGAUGCCUUUCUCUUUGGUUCACAUACACAUAAACUUCUUAGUUGGAAAACACGAAAAGUUAUUAUUGAGGGGAUUUGUCGAGGCCUGCUUUACCUACAUCGGGAUUCAAGGUUAAAGAUCAUUCACAGAGAUCUCAAGGCAAGUAAUAUCUUGUUGGAUGAGGCGUUUAGCCCCAAAAUAUCCGACUUUGGUAUGGCAAGGAUUUUUGGUGGAAAGGAUGACCAAGCCAACACAACAAGAGUUGUUGGGACGUUUGGCUAUAUGCCCCCGGAAUAUGCAUCACGUGGAAUAUUCUCUGAGAAAUCGGACGUGUAUAGCUUCGGGGUCCUGCUAUUAGAGAUUGUGAGUGGAAAGAAAAACUCCAGUUUUGAUGAUCAGCAACUCUUUCUAACAGCUUAUGCAUGGAAUUUGUGGAAUGAAGGAAAGAUAGUGAAUUUGAGGGAUGCGGACAUCUUUGAUAGUGGAAUGGAAGAUGAUAUUGUUCGAUAUGCAAAUGUAGGUUUAUUGUGCGUGCAAGAAACUGCAGCAGACAGGCCUAACAUGUCUACAGUGUUGUCGAUGCUUAGCAGUGAGAUUGUGGAGCUUCCUCGACCAAAGCGGCCAGCCUUUCAUGGGAUGCGUAGCUCUCAAUUCGUAGAGUCCUGUACCAAGAGGUCAAGUAAAGGUUCUGUAAAUGAUGUCUCUAUUUCUAUAGUUGAAGGCAGUAUAGUGUUAUGGUAUAAUUCUAGUCCUUGCAAAGAAGAAGAGAAGUUAUUCAUGAGGAUCAGAUUUGGAUAUUUUGUGCUUCAACUCAUAUUUACUUGUUUGUUUUCACUCUCUUCAGCCAUUGACACCAUAAAGUCAAAUGAAUCUCUUGUCAACUCUGAAGCUUUGAUUUCCAAUGGAAAUAGAUUCAAGUUAAGUUUUUUCAGCCCGUCAAAUAGCAGCCGACGUUACCUCGGUAUCAUGUAUAAUCUCCCGGUGAUGACUGUUGUAUGGGUUGCUAAUAGAAACAAGCCUCUCAAUGAUUCCUCUGGAACAUUUCAGAUAUCAUCAGAUGGGAAUCUCGUGAUCUUGGAUGGUCGAAAUGAGACUGUGUGGUCGACUAAUCUAUCAUCUUCUGUAGCAAAUUCUAGUGCUGUGCUCUUGGAUACAGGGAAUCUAGUUCUGCAAGAUAACUCCAAUGGUGCAUAUGUUUGGGAGAGCUUCCAACAUGCUUCGGAUUCUUGGUUAGAGAAGAUGAAGAUUGGUACAUAUUUGAGAAAUAAUAAGAAUAUGCUUACAUCGUGGACAAGUCCUGAUGAUCCGACACCUGGAAGGUUCACCUUCACCAUUGAGCCAUCAGGCAUCCCACAAUUGUUUGUUUGGAAGAAUGGAAAUCCUUAUCUCCGGAGUGGUCCUUUCACUAGACGUGGCUAUGCAUAUGGGACUUUUAUUGGUGGCGAUUCUCCAGGAAGUUCAGAUAUAACUUUUACACUCACAAAUUCCUCUGUUUUGCAAUAUUUUGUUUUAAGCCCAUCAGGGAGCAUAGAGCAGAGGGUGUGGUCUGAUGAGAAGAAGGGAUGGGAUGUAACAUGGUUGCUAACAAGUGCUGCAUGUGAUGUGUACGCUAAGUGUGGACCUUUCGGCAUUUGUAAUGCUGAUGAAAGCCAGUCAUGUACCUGUUUCCCGGGCUUUAUUCCAGAAAGCAGCCGAGAAAAUUGGAGCAGUGGCUGCACCAGAAAAGAUAGUGUCAGGUGUGGACAAGGAGAAGAUGAGUUUGUGAAGAUGGAGGGAGUAAAGUUGCCUGAUCGGUUCACAUGGGAUUCGUCGUCUGAAGCAGAAAUAGAAUGCAGGAAUGCAUGCGUUAGCAAUUGUACUUGUACAGCUUAUGCUUAUUCUUCUGGAACUGGAUGCCUGCGCUGGACUGGAAACUUAACUGAUGUAACCAAGUCAAAUUUUGACACAGACAUGUUUAUUCGUGUCGCGAAGCCUAAGUCAUCUUCGUUGAUGCAUAAUAAGAAAGGGUUGACAGCAAUUGUUGGGACCGCACUGGUUUUGGGGUUAGCACUUAUGGCUACGUGCGCAUACUUUUUGCCUAAACUGUUAAUGCAUUACAGAGCAAGGAAGCGUAACAAGGGAGCCGAGGCAAGGUCUUCUGAAGAUUACAAGCUACAACAUGAUGAACUAUGUGUAUUUCAAUUUCAAAUGUUAUCAAUUGCGACUGGAAAUUUUGAUCCCAUCAACAAGCUUGGACAGGGUGGCUUUGGACUAGUCUACAAAGGGAAAUUGCAAAAUGGAGUAGAAAUUGCUGUAAAAAGGCUAGCAAGAUCCUCCAACCAAGGGGUCGAGGAGUUCAUGAAUGAGGUUGAGGUGAUUUCAAGGCUUCAGCAUCGGAAUCUUGUUAGACUUCUCGGUUGCUGUGUUGAGUCUGAAGAAAAAUUGCUUGUUUAUGAAUAUAUGCCUAAUGGAAGCUUGGAUAGCUUUCUCUUUGGUUCACAUGAGCAUAAGACUCUUAAUUGGCAAACGCGAAAAUUAAUUAUUGAGGGGAUCUGUCGGGGCCUGCUUUACCUACAUUGGGAUUCAAGGUUGAAGAUUAUCCACAGGGAUCUCAAGGCAAGUAAUAUCUUGUUGGACGAGGCAUUGAGCCCUAAAAUUUCCGACUUUGGUAUGGCAAGAAUUUUCAGUGACAAAGAUGAUCAAGCCAUUACAACAAGGGUUGUUGGGACAUUUGGCUACAUGCCCCCGGAAUAUGCACUACGUGGGAUAUUCUCCGAAAAAUCAGAUGUGUAUGGCUUUGGGGUUCUAUUAUUAGAGAUUGUGAGUGGGAAGAAACACUCUAGUUUUUAUGAUCAACAACUCUCCCUUACAGCUUAUGCAUGGAAAUUGUGGAAUGAAGGACAAAUUGUAAAUUUGAUGGAUCCUGCCAUAUAUGAUACUGGAAUUGAAGAUGACAUGGUGAGAUACGCAAAUAUAGGCCUUUUGUGUGUGCAAGAAAUAGCAGCAGAUAGGCCUAACACGUUGACCGUGCUGUCGAUGCUUAGCUGUGAGAUUGUAGAGCUUCCUCACCCGAAGCAACCAGCGUUUCUUGCGAUGCAGAGCUCUCAUUCGGCAGAGCCCUCUAGCAAGAGUACAAGUAAAUGCUCUGUGAAUGAUGUCACUAUUUCUAUAUUAGGAGGAAGGUAGUUUUGAGACCUCUUUUACAUGUUUUUAGUAGCUUAUUAGAGAAAAUGAUGACUAUAUCUGAUCUGGUAUGAGUCGAGUUUAGUAGUAGUUGUGAUGCAAACUAAAAAUGUUGAAUUAGGAAAAGAUGUGAACUAGUUUGCUUGAACCUAUUAGCUUCUAUUUUUCUA